AUGGCCCAGCCCGUCUGCCAGUUCGAAAACCUCCUCGCCUCGGCGCCCAACCCCAACACCGCCGUCGCCCACGAGCACUCUCAUUCGCACGAGGCCGACGAGCACUCGCACUCGCAUGACGCGGCUGCGGAGCAUGGCCACACACACGAGCACCUCGAGCAUGCCGGUGAGUAUGAUGUGUUCCAGGAGCCGUUUGGCAACAUCAACAGUGGCAAGUUCUCCGAGCGUGACCUUCCCGACUACUCGGGACGCGACUGGACCGAGCGCGCGUUCACUGUCGGCAUUGGCGGCCCCGUUGGUUCCGGCAAGACUGCGCUCCUCCUCGCGCUGUGCCGUGCCCUCCGUGAAGAGUACAACAUCGCGGCCGUCACCAACGACAUCUUCACGCGUGAGGACCAGGAAUUCCUGAUCCGUAACGAGGCCCUCCCCAAGGAGCGUAUCCGUGCCAUUGAGACUGGUGGCUGCCCUCACGCCGCCAUCCGCGAGGACAUUUCGGCCAACCUCCACGCCCUCGAGGACCUCCAGGCCGACUUCCAGUGCGAGCUGCUGUUUGUCGAGAGCGGCGGUGACAACCUCGCUGCCAACUACUCCCGCGAACUUGCAGACUACAUCAUCUACGUCAUCGACGUCGCAGGCGGCGACAAGGUGCCCCGUAAGGGCGGCCCUGGUAUCUCUCAGUCUGACCUGCUCAUUGUUAACAAGAUCGACCUUGCUCCUCACGUCGGCGCCUCGCUCGACGUCAUGAAGCGCGAUGCCGCGCUGAUGCGCGAGUCGGGCCCAACCAUGUUCACCUCUGUGCGUCAGGGCGAAGGUGUCAAGGAGGUCAUUGAUGCCAUCGUCGGCGCUUGGCGCGUCAGCGGCGCUGUUGGCAAGGGCAAGGGCAAGGCGACUGCUUAG